AUGACUGCCGCUGUUGGUCAUAUAUCCUCGAGGGUACCCUUUGGUGCCAUCGAUAAUCCUCGCUCGCCUAUCAUGAAACCCAUGGUAGCAGAGCAGAAGAACAUGAAAGAAUUCAAAGCACCAGUUGCUAAGAUGGGCAGCGUGGUUCCCAGAAAUCGUCCGAUUCCUAUCAUGAGGGACACAGUCUCUUCUGCAAAGAAGCGCCCGCUUGCUCCUUGCGUUUUCGAGGAUGCGGAUACAGAGAAUAUUGAUCCCACUAUGAGCGACUCAGCUUCUAAGCGCGCCAAAAAUGAGCCUAUGACGAUUGACAAGAUGAUGCGCAUGGUCGAAUCGAUUCCAGGUCGCAGCGUCAUUCAUCCAUUCCGCUCUCCACAAACCACCUACAAUGCCAGAAAAUCGUCUGCUGGUCGCUCGCCCAAGCAAAACAAUAGCUUUACGCGACGCCGAGUGUCUGCGCCCCUCACUCGUGUCGACCCACCUGCGAGCCUCAAGUACCCGCCCGCCAUGACGAUGAACUUUUCCAUUGACUCGAUUCUCGCUGGUAGCUCCAAUACGCGCACUACCAAGCCCAAGCCCAAGCAGUCACGUGCCUCGCCCAAGAAGCCCAUGCCGGACUCUUGGUACUUUGAUAUUUAUGAGGACACACCCGAAGAUGAAGCCCAGAACCUCAUGGAGCACUCGGCUGGUCAGCUGGACAUUUCGGACGAUGAGGCUCGCGAUGCCGAAAAGAAGGAUCCCGGCAAGGAAAACACUCCCCCUCCGGACCACGAGGAGAGUGACGCUCGUAUCAUUCAAGAGGAUCUUCUAGCCCCUGGGUCGCGCGAGGCUUUGGCGGAGUUGGACACCUCUGACUUUUUUGGCGUGGGUCUCGAUGCCUAUUCUAUCCAGCUCAUCGAGGAGGACGAUUAUGAUUUUCCUGACACGGAUGAUGAAGCUGGCGAGGCCGAUGCCGAGCCCGUCGCCGAGCCUGUCACCGAGCCUGUCAUCGAGGCUGAAGCCGAGAAUUAGACAAGCCCCAUUGGCGAUGGCACCGUUUGUCGGUUUGGCAAUGGCGUUGAGGCAAAAAGUUGGUUGGUCACUCCCUUGAACUCUGGUAUUUUCUUUUUCUUUAUCAAACCGACGACAUGCUCUUUGAACCUUUUGCCUUUUUUUUUUCUUACCAUCCAUCCACUUAAAUUCUUCUUUUUGUCGGCGACAAGUCAUGUUUUCACCUUUCACAUCAUUUUUCGAUUUAAGCCUCGAGCCCGAGUUCUCUCUGAACCCAUUUGUUUCACUCCUUUUGUCAUCUUUCCGCGGGGAGGACGAGAGUUGAGUGAGAGAUUUGGUCGAGCGGAGAUGGAGCGACGGCUUGGCUGUUAGAACGGGGUUGUAUGGGGUUGGCUG